CGACAAAAGAUACUAUUAAGUUUGUCAACAUAAAUUCUAAUUUGCGCAAGUUGACUUAAAAAAAGAUAAAAUCCCAAUUUUCCCUAUUUAGUCAAUAAAUACUAUUUAUGCGACAACUGUGUCAAUCAUUGCGGUUCUAUGGUGUAGUGGUUAGCACUCUGGACUUUGAAUCCAGCGACCUGGGUUCGACUCCCGGUAGGACCUUUUUUUCCUUGUUUUUUUUUUCUCUCCUCCACAUCCCGCCUGCUUUUCUUCCUAUCAGCCUUCUCUGAAGAACCGACUUUAUGAUCAAUUCAAAAUCCACGUGCUUCCAUCAAUGAUCCAUCAUAAUCCAAAACCCUAAACUAAUCAAAAUCUCAUUCAACUUAACAAUAUGCCACUCAUUGCAAUGAUGAGACCAUCUCCUUGCAAAACUCUUCCUUGUGCUGCCUGCACUAUCUCAUUCUCAUUCUUUCAUGCAAAUCUUUUCCCAAUUUGAUAUUGAAAGAGAAGUACGACUUCAUCGCACAACCGGUGGAAACGAAUAAGGAUAUGUAAAUCAUCUAUCUGUACUGUAACAUCCAUCUAAAACUCACACCUUACCGCGGACAAGUAGACCAAACUGAUGAUGUAUGUAGUAUGUCUCGAGAAAUCGACAAAAGAAAUAAAAAACAUAGAAAAAACAGGUAUUAUGAGUUUAUAACCCCAUUUACAAAUUACAAUCCUUAUAUGUUUCCUUAUGCUGCUAUAACUACUUAAAAAUUCAUGAUUCACAACUACUUAUCUACAAGUAUGAAACAUUUUUUUUUUUUGCACACAGAGAAUAAAUAGAUGUACCGUAGACAUAGAAAUCAUCAAUCUUUUGCCGUUUUCAAGCAAUCUUUGAGAAACUCGAUCCUAUCGGUCGGUCGAAACAAAAAAAUAUCGGAUACAAAACCAAAUCGAUCGUAUUUUAACUAUAGGAGAUAGUUGUGCCACGGUUAAACUAUAGUAUAACCUCUAGUACAACUUCACAAUCCUUGAUUUUCAGUAGCACGCCUUUACCUGGAGAGAAUGCAUAAAACUGAGUUCAACGUUGAUGCAUGAACAGUAAGGCAGUGCUAUUCCCCAAAGAUUUGUUCUCUUCCCUUCUCAUCUCUUCUCCCCAAAUUUGAACCACACAUCGUACCACUAACAGCUGGUGCACCCAGAUCUAGUAAUCAAGAACUCCAAGUGCAUCCAAUCCAUUAAAGGUAACAUAUUUUUUGAAGGAAACACAAGAUUAAUGGGACCUGGCAAUGGGCAGCAGCAUAUAAAAAAUCAUAACAAUAAUAAUAACUCCACCACCACUGCUGCAUUGGACAGUGAAAAACUGAAAACCAUUAAACAAAAAGAACUGUCUUGUCCAUCCCCAAAGUCAGUUAUUAAUCUUUUCAUUUCUUUAUUUCAGUGAAGAACUGGAAAGGCAUACAUAACAAAGAAAAAAAAAAAGAAGAAAAAGAGAUUCAUCCAUCCAUGGCCAGCAGGCUUUGUGUGGGUGUACUAAUGGGUCUGUGGGGAAAACCCUCCAAAAGGCACACACUUUCCCCUACUCCAACUCCAACUUACUUUCUCUCUUCAUCACUGCUUUUCACUUCACCAUUCAGAGCACUCUUCUUGACACAACUUUAGCUUCCUGGGAAAAGCUGCUUAGCCAAAAGGGGUUCAUUCAAUCAGGCAAUGGUGAAGGAAACUGAGUACUAUGAUGUUCUAGGUCUGGACCCUUCUGCGCCGGACGAUGAAAUUCGGAAGUCUUACUAUCUCAAGGCCAGGCAGGUCCAUCCGGAUAAGAACCCCAACGACCCUCUUGCUGCUCAAAGGUUUCAGGUAUUGGGUGAAGCAUAUCAAGUUCUGAGUGAUCCUGCUCAGAGGGAUGCAUAUGACAGAAAUGGGAAGCAUUCUAUAUCAAAGGAGACCAUGCUGGAUCCCACUGCAGUGUUUGCUUUGCUGUUUGGAAGUGAACUAUUUGAGGACUACAUUGGUCACCUAUCAGUGGCAUCAAUGGCUUCUUCUGAAUUGGCUGCUGAAGCUGAGAACCCUGAUAAACUCCAUGAAAAGUUGAAGGGUGUCCAGAAGGAAAGAGAGGAAAAGCUGGCUAGAUUUCUCAGAGCUUUUCUCGAUCAGUACGUUCGAGGAGACAAAGAUGGGUUCGUUAGACGUGCUGAAUCUGAAGCUAAGCGCCUUUCUGAUUCAGAUUUUGGUGCUGAUAUCUUGCACACAAUUGGGUACGUAUAUUCAAGACAAGCAGCUCAGGAGCUUGGGAAGAAGGCCCUUUACCUUGGAGUUCCAUUCGUGGCGGAAUGGGUUCGGCACAAAGGCCAUUUCUGGAAGUCACAGGUUACAGCAGCAAAAGGUGCGUUUCAGCUGCUCCAACUUCAAGACGACAUUCGCAGGCAGUUCAAAGCCAAUGGGACUGCACCAGAAAAUGACGUGGAGUCACAUUUGAGACUGAACAGGGAAACUCUGAUGAGCUCCAUGUGGAAACUGAAUGUAGUCGACAUCGAAGUUACCCUCAUCCAUGUCUGCCAAAUGGUCUUGAAGGAGAACAAUGUGAGGAGAGAAGAACUCAAAACUCGAGCCUCAGCUCUGAAAAUCCUUGGCAAGAUCUUUCAGGAAGGAAAACAGGCAAGAAUUGAUGGACCGUCAAAGGCAAAGAGUAGUCACGAAACUGGGGAUGAUGAUGACGAAAGCAGUUCCGAUAGCAGCAGUGAAGAAGAUGAGGGCCCCAGAUCACUAUCUUAUAAAACUCCUCUUCUCACUCAGGGAAUUGGUAGGCUGUUCAGAUGCUUGUGUAAUCCAGCUUUUGAUGUGCACGAUGAUGAUGAGAUUGUCUACAGAAGCAGAUGCUGACGUAACAAAUUUACAAGGAGCUGUGUACAUGGUGAUGAAACCCUUCAGAUUCUUAUUCUGCCACAAAGAUCUCCAGUUGCUGAACUGCAUAAAGUUUCUCUCUUUUUGUUUUCUUGGAACACAUCAUCAACUUCUGCAUUUGAAACCAGAAAUACAAAACUGCAAAUCGUUUGUUUAUUCUCCCCUCAAUAGCAAACCACCUGGCUGAUUCAAAGUUCUGUAAGAUACACAAUUAAGCUGUUUUGGGUGGGUGUAUUUCAAGAGUGAUGUUUUGCAAUAGCAUAUCCCAUCAAAUAAAUAUUGAUUUUCAUC